AAUUUUCUGUAAUCUGCCGCAAUACCAGAAUCUCCUGAAUUUGCGUCAUCCAAUACAAUGCCUCUGCUGGACGGAUCCAAAAGCAGCGACCCUGUCAUUCACGAUGUCUCCCCCCUAACGUCAUCCGGCAUGGAUUCUACCACCAAUACAGAGCCGCGCAGACAUGACUCGUGUGCACGUCAAAAGAUUGUGGUGGUAGGCUUGGGAAUGGUUGCUAUCUCGUUGAUCGAAAAGAUCAUCAAGCAAGAUGCGGACCGUCGGCAAUAUGAUAUUCUUGUUAUCGGGGAGGAGCCGCAUGUCGCAUACAAUCGGGUUGGGCUUUCUUCAUUCUUUGAGCACCGCAAGAUCGAGGACCUGUACCUUGAGCCGACAGAAUGGUAUGGUUCUGUCAAAGAUCGAUCUUUUGACUACCAUCUCAACACGCGGGUAACGGAGAUCAUACCCCGCCUCAAGCAAGUCAAGACGUCAACAGGAGAUACUAUCACUUACGAUAUCCUUGUCCUUGCUACUGGCUCCGAUGCCGUCCUUCCUACCCAUACUCCAGGCUACGAUGCUAAAGGGAUCUUCGUUUAUCGGACAAUUUCCGACCUCGAGAAGCUCAUUGAGUUUGCCUCGAAGCACAAAGGCCAGACAGGAGUUACUGUUGGUGGGGGCUUGUUAGGCCUGGAAGCAGCCAAAGCCAUGACUGAUCUUGGUGACUUCGGAAACGUGAAACUCAUUGAUCGUAACAAGUGGGUGCUGGCCAGACAGCUGGACGGAGAUGCCGGAACACUUGUGACACGCAAAAUCAGAGAGCUGGGCUUGGAUGUGCUGCACCAGAAGCGCGUAGCGACGAUCAAGACAGACGCUGACAACAAUGUCACGGGGAUCGUCUUCGAGGAUGGUGAAGAAAUCAGCUGUUGCUGUAUAUGCUUUGCGAUCGGAGUCCACCCCAGGGAUGAAUUAGGGCAAACCGCAGGCAUUCAAUGUGCGGGGCGAGGAGGGUUUGUCAUCAAUGAAAGUCUGCAGACAUCCGUUGAGGAUAUCUAUGCUGUCGGCGAAUGCGCAAGCUGGGAAAAUCAAACGUUCGGUAUCAUCGCUCCGGGUAUCGAAAUGGCCGAUAUUCUGGCAUACAACCUGACGAAUCCCGAUAAAGAGCCAAAAAGCUUCAAACGUCCUGACCUUAGCACUAAACUAAAGCUAUUAGGGGUAGAUGUUGCCAGCUUUGGUGAUUUCUUCGCUGACAGGGAUGGGCCCAAGUUUCUUCCUGGUCAAAGGCCGUCGAUUCAAACUGACCGGAAAGACAGCGAUAAUGACAGUGAGUCGUUGGUAAAAGCACUUACCUACAAAGACCCCUUUAGUGGUGUCUACAAGAAAUACCUGUUCACCAUGGAUGGUAAAUACUUGCUCGGUGGAAUGAUGAUCGGAGAUACGAGAGAUUAUCUCAAACUGAACCAAAUGGUCAAGAUGCAAAAGGAAUUAGAGGUGCCUCCCAGCCAAUUCAUUUUGGGUGCCCAAAAGGAUGGAGAGGAGAAUGGGGACGACCUUGACGACAGUACCCAGAUCUGUGCUUGUCACAAUGUCACCAAAGGGGACUUGGUUGCCAAGAUCAAGAGUGGCACCUGCAAAACCAUCAGCGAAGUUAAGUCGUGCACUAAAGCAGGGACCGGUUGCGGCGGCUGCAUGCCCUUAGUGCAGUCGAUCUUCAACAAGACCAUGCUGGACAUGGGCCAAGAAGUCUCCAAUAACCUGUGUAUUCAUAUCCCACAUUCACGCGUUGAUCUCUACAACAUUAUUGCUGUCAAACAGCUGAAGACAUUCGAAGAUGUAAUGCGAGCGGUGGGAAAGAACCCCGAGUCCCUUGGCUGCGAACUGUGCAAGCCCGCGAUCGCAUCCGUCCUGUCUAGUCUCUUCAAUCCCCAUAUCAUGGAUAAGGGAUACCAUGAUUUGCAGGAGACGAAUGAUAGGUUCCUUGCCAAUAUCCAACGGAACGGGACAUUCUCAGUGGUACCUCGCGUCCCAGGAGGCGAAAUCACUGCAGACAAGCUGAUUGCCAUUGGACAAGUGGCAAAGAAGUACAAUCUUUACUGCAAGAUCACUGGAGGCCAGCGUAUCGAUAUGUUCGGAGCCAAGAAGCAGGAUCUUCUCGACAUCUGGACAGAACUCGUGAACGCGGGCAUGGAGAGUGGCCAUGCUUAUGCGAAGUCCCUGCGUACCAUCAAGAGCUGUGUCGGAACGACCUGGUGCCGUUUCGGUAAUGGAGACAGUGUUGGAAUGGCUAUUCGUCUAGAAGAGCGCUACAAGAGUCUUCGGUCUCCUCACAAGCUGAAGGGCGCUGUAUCUGGAUGCGUACGAGAAUGCGCUGAAGCACAAAACAAGGAUUUUGGCCUAAUCUCCACAGAGAAAGGCUUCAAUAUUUUUGUUGGAGGCAACGGAGGUGCCAAACCCCGGCACUCUGAGAUCUUAGCGAAAGAUGUGCCCCCAGAGAAAGUUAUCCCUCUCAUUGAUCGGUAUCUCAUUUUCUAUAUCCGCACGGCGGAUAAGCUGCAACGGACAGCGCGGUGGAUUGAAAACCUUCCAGGUGGAAUUGAGUACCUACGAGAAGUGGUACUUGAUGACAAGUUAGGGAUUGGCGCGGAAAUGGAGCAGCAAAUGCAGGAGCUAGUGGACGGCUAUUUUUGCGAAUGGACGGAAACAAUCCGGGAUCCGAAGCGGCGCAAACAUUUUCAACAAUUCGCCAAUACAGAUGAGACGGUUGAAACUGUGGAGGUCAUCAAGGAGCGUGGCCAAGAAAGACCCACCUACUGGUCUAAUGAGCCCGCAAAGGCGGACUUCAAGGGCCACCAAUGGUCUAGUCUUUCAUGGCAGCCUAUGAUCAAGGCAGACCACUUCUCCGAUGGAAUCACAUCCGCAAACCUCAAACGCGGGGAUACGCAACUUGCUGUCUUCAAGAUCAAAGGCAAGUUCUAUGCGACACAGCAAAUGUGCCCUCAUAAACGUGCUUUCGUCUUAUCAGAUGGCUUGAUUGGCGACGAUGAUGCAGGCAAGUACUGGGUGUCCUGUCCGAAUCACAAACGCAACUUUGAGCUCAACGGGGAGCAGGCGGGCCGCUGCUCUAACGAUGAGAGCAUGAAUAUUGCCACAUUUCCCGUUGAGGAGCGUGAUGAUGGUUGGGUUUACUUGAAGCUGCCUCCGGUGGAUGAGCUGGACUCCGUCCUGGGGACCGAGAAGUGGAAGGUGAAGAAGGGAGAAGCACCAGAUCCAUUCCAAAAGCACGACAAGAAAUACCGGGGACUUCGCGGAAAGAAGUUGGGUGAGAAGGCACCGUUAAGUAAGCGAGCAGCACCGCCUGGAGUGAUUGACUGGUAGUGUUUGUAUGUUGCCGUUAUGAGGAUACGUUUGGUUCUUGAAAGUCGUUAGUGCUUAUACUGGGAUGUUAUACAUUAGCUCUGUAAAGUAGGGAUACCAAUUUAUGUUCGCAAUUUUGAAUUUCUGCGUGGCGAUUUAGCUAGAGGCUAGGACUUAAUCCUUUUCCUACAUGACAAGGGAUAAGGAGGUCGACCCCAGAAACCUCACUAUAGACAUGAGCACUUUCCGCCGGGCGUGACAUGAACAUUGAUGUGCUGCGCACACACUCCUGUGCGUUUAUUAUCCCUUUGUCUCAAGGAUAUGCUGU